AAAAUCUCCAUGCAGCUAGCUAGCUAGCUAGCUAUAGAAUUAGAACUUUGCUACUUAACUGUUCCUGUUAGCAGUAGGCACUGCAUAUGGAAUGAACCUUGGAAGGAAAUGCCUCACUUAUGUGUGCUCCCUGUGCCAGCAACCACACAAGCUCUGGACCAAGUCACCAAGCAGGUCUAGACUGCACACCACAAGGAAUGAUACACUGGGCUAUGUCAGCUUGUAUUGCAGAAGUGGAAGACCCAUUAAAAGCAUGAACUCAUACUACUCCACUGACAGUAAUGGCACACCUGAGAGGGAAGAUGAGGUCACGAAGAAGCCGCUUGAGGAUACUGGAGACAGUGUUUCAGUUGAUGAGAAUCGUGUAGAAGGGAGCACUCCAUAUGAAGGCAGGCACUUCACUAGGGAAGAUGUUAGGAAGAUCAUGGGACUGUUCAUGCAGCGGGAGAGUGUGAUUGAGGGCGUGGCUGCAGAGUACAGUCUGGAAGACAAGGAGCAAUACACGAGAGCCUUGAAACGUUUUGUACGCAAGUUAAAGAGCCCGAAAAAGUUAAAUGAUGCCGACCCUCAAGUCAAGCAGGUGGUAGAUGACAUCAUUAAAGGAACAAGUCAUGUGGAUGAGCUGAUUCCAAUAUUUCUGCGGUAUGCUCGAAUUCUGAAUCCACUGAUGGGGCCCAAACUGGAGCUACAGAAAACAAGUAACAUGGCUCUCCCUCCAGCCUGGUUCCCUGAGGCAAGAUCGCUACCACGCAAGCUCAUCUAUCACGCUGGUCCCACCAACUCUGGUAAAACCCACAACGCCCUCAAGCACUUCAUGGGAGCUGACACAGCAAUCUACUGUGCUCCUUUGAGAAUGCUCGCGCACGAGAUAUACCACAGAUCUAAUAAAGAGGGUGCAUUAUGUGAUCUAUUGACGGGGGAGGAGUCACUGCGUGCCAGUGGUGAUGAAACACAGCCUGCCCCAAGACUCUCCUGUACUGUGGAGAUGGCCAACCUCGAGAGCACAUAUGAUGUUGCGGUGAUUGAUGAGAUCCAGAUGAUAGAGGACCCCCAGCGUGGCGGUGGGUGGAGUCGGGCCCUCCUCGGACUACCUGCUCGGGAGGUCCACCUGUGUGGUCACGGCUGUGCUAUAGACGUUGUUGAGAGGCUGGCUAAGAGCAUGGGGGAGUCCCUAGAGGUGCACCAUUACGAGCGGUUGUCCCCGCUAGUGCCACUGGAGAAGAGUCUGUGUAGCAAGUACGAGAGAGUGAGGCCAGGGGAUUGUGUCGUCACCUUCUCCAGAGCCAGCGUGUUCCAGGUCCGUAAGAAGAUAGAGCAGGCCACCAAACAGCAGUGUGCAGUCAUUUAUGGAGGCCUCCCUCCAGCUGUGAGGGUUGAGCAGGCUGACAAGUUCAAUGAUCCGCAGUCUCCGUGCAAUAUCCUCGUUGCUACGGACGCCAUCGGAAUGGGGCUCAACCUUAACAUUCGACGAAUUGUCUUCCACACUCUGACAAAGUUUGACGGGAAUGAACGGAGCUUACUAUCCUCUGGUCAUGUGAAGCAGAUUGCUGGGCGGGCGGGAAGAUACGGCAAGGACCACGCCCACGGAGAGGUGACAACGUUUGAGCAGGAUGAUCUGUCCACGCUACAUGAGCUACUGGAGUUACCAGUACAUGACGUGAAGCAAGCCGGGCUCUACCCUAGCUUGGACCAGAUCGUGCUGUUUUCCAACCACAUACCAAAUGCCAAACUACACGAAAUAUUGGCACUCUUCUAUAAGAUGGCUAAACUCGAUGGAAACUACUUUCUGUGCGACGCCAUUCCUCAGAUUGAGUUAGCCUCUAGUCUGCAAGGGACGAACAUGCAUCUGAGAGAACUGUUCAAGUUCAGCAUUGCCCCUGUCGAUGAAACCAAAAGCACGGUCAUCAAGGCACUCGUACAAUUUGCGUACGCACGCAGUAGUGAGAAGGAGGUGUCAUUCCGUGACCUUUGUCACACUCUGAAGGUGUGCUCCCACCAGUCCAGGAUUGGCAUGAGGAUGAAGGCACUCACAAGACUGGAGAAUAUGCACGAGAUUAUCGACCUCUAUCUGUGGCUCAGUAUGAGAUUCCCUGGCACCUUUGUUGCGUCGGACGAGGCUCGAGAGCUUCAGGGACGUAUCGAGGGCAAGAUAAGCAUGUCCAUCCACUCGGCCUGGUACAAGAAGAGGGAGGGGUCAGUUGUCAAUGGACACGGCAAGGGACUAUUGACCACGUCUGUCAUGGGCGUUAAGAACAGUGUGUCACCAGAGCUGCUCAGGAAACUGGAGGAACUUGCAAGAUCUGAUGAUGUGAAUCUGUCGUCUCAAGAGCAAAGAAUGCUACAGAAUGAAUCGCGGAAGUUCCUAAACGUUCUGAAAGCACUCAAGAUGAAGAGACUCGGAGGUAAAGCUAAUCACUUAGUAAAGAAUCACACUGGCCACUCUAAACUUCGUCAUAGACAAUCCUCUCAAAAACAAUAGUAUAGUUAUUCUUUAUCUUGUUCAAGUGUACUUUCACUGUACAGUUUGAUAGAAUUCCACUACUUUAAAAUUA